UGCGCUCCAAGAACAUAGCUAUGUUAUCUUUUACGAUGUUGAAACUGGUUUUCCUGCUGCUCGCUGCUCUGCUUGCUUUGGCUGGGGCUGUACCUGCACCAGGACCGAAUCCUAAGCCUAGUCCCCAAUUUUUGUAUUCUGCAGGCUAUCCAGCCGUCGCCUAUGCAUCUCCUUAUGUUUAUUAUGGUUAACAUGCCCUCCUUCAAUAUGGACAUAGAAGACAAUAAAGAUAUUGCAAUUUAAUUGAA